AUGGCUAUCACUACGAACAAUCGUGAACAAUGCAUGGCGUCUUCCCGUAAAGCCAACCUCCAGCGAAAAGUGGAAGACCCACAAUGGUACCUAGAAACCAACCACCGUGAUCCAGUAAGAGGUUCCCAGGAACAGGGUAGGGCCGUCAUCUACCAAUUCUUGAAGGACAGCCUAUCGGAAACCGUGUACCAAACCUGCACUGAAAUCUCUGCAUUAUUUGAGCCAGUAACUACGCAUGUUGUUGGGCGGCACUUGACGGAUGGCAAUGGACCUAUGAACACGGCAACGCUUAAGGCAACGUUUUCCGAUGGCCUAGAGCCCAUCACCCAGGACGACUGCGGCUGCGACGUUAUCAUUGCCCAUAAGGCCAGACAGCUGUUUAUUGGUUCAUCUUUCAAGGUAAUAGCAGACGAGCCGCUGAUAGUUCAGGCGCCCUUGGGCAACAUCCAGCAGUUAUCCGACGAAUCUGCCACCCCCUACCUCCUCAUACGCGAAACAGAAACACCGUGA